AUGGACAUUAACUCAAUUCCGAACGAUACAUCAGUCAGCGGGCUGGACAGGAAACGCAAACACAAGCAUAAGGACCCCUCUUCACCGUCGAAGAAGCGAAAACACAUCGAGUCCAGUUUGAUCGCGGAUCAAGCCAGUCCGCAGGACAAGAAGAGCAAGAAAUCAUCCAAGGAGAAAAGGAAGAGCAAACAUGGAACAUCCUCUGAGAUUGCAUCGUCGAAUUCAAUCUCGUGUUCACCGUUCAGCCUGACCACAGCAACGCUCUAUCUCCCUCUGCCACCUAUUUCUCUCUCCCCUACACAUGCCCUGGCAUCGCUUCUGGCGGAACACCUAUCCCCGCUCCUCCUCACUUACUAUCCCCCCUUGAAGGGGAUUGUUCUAGCAUACUCGAAUGCAUCGAUAUCGGAAACCCCGCCGACGAGACCACCAUCUGAUGCCCAUGACCAAAGUGAUAACCCCCAGCCCUUGACUCUCGCAACCGCCGCAAACGAGUAUGGCGUUCUCUACAUCUACCUGACUGCAACCUUCCUGGUGUUUCGCCCACAACGUGGCCAAGUGUUGGAGGGACUAGUUAAUGUGCAAUCGGAAGGAUUUUUGGGCGCAGUUGUCUUCAAUCUCUUCUCCGUCGGCAUAGAACGGAAAAGACUCCCAGCAAACUGGAAAUGGAUCCCUCCAGGCGAGGAAGACAGUGGGAAGAAGAAAAAUAAUUCGACAGAGGACGGAAAUGAUGACUCCAACUCCUCUUCUCCAUCGUCCAACUUCGACCCUGAAAAGGAAUACUUCAAUCUUUCUGCCUCCCCGGAUUCGGAUGGCGUCGAUACUCUCGGUCAAGACCCAUCCUCUGAAGGCCCCGACGAGUCUGCUGCGGGAUACUUCCAGUCAGUGUCUGGCCACCGCGUCCGCGGUACGGUUCGAUUCCGCGUCGUCGAUAUAGAUGUUAUCCCUGGUUCUGAACGGGAUCGCGGAUUCAUCAGCAUUGAAGGCACAAUGCUAUCACCCGAGGAAGAAAUGGAUGUUGUCAGUGAUGAGCGCAAUGGAGUCCGGUCAUCUUCUGUUACCCCAGGACGUCGUGAACGGUCCAGCUCCGUGACGGGUUCCUUGGCCGAGUCAGCAUCGACCCAUCAAGACCAUGCAACUGGAGAAUCACAAUCACCAAGCAAGAAAGGAUCCAAGGAUUCUAAGGUCGGCGAUGAAAAGGACAAGGAAAAGAAGCGCAAAUCCAAGAAGAAGGAGAAGGGGAAGGAGAAAUAA